AUGGUGGACCCGACGUUCACGGACAAGUUCCUCGUCGUCAAGGUCAAGUGGAGCGGGAAGCAGGAGCGCAUUCUCGGGCUCCGCGCCUACACGUUUGCGACGUUGCAUCCCAAGACGGGCGCGAUCACCAACGAGUGGUCGUACGAGGCCAUCUCGUCCAUCGAGCUCUCGCACGAAGACAAGACGGAAUUUACCAUCAACAUGCCCGGCCUCAAGAAGAAGGUGCAGCUCAAAAUGCGCUUCCGUUUCCGCGCCGAGGUCCUCCAGGCCCUCGCGCGUGCGCGCGCUUCCUUCUCAAUGGAGCGCCGGUCCCGCAACAUGAACGUCCUCGCCAAACUCACGUCGUUCGCAGCCCACGUCGAAGUCUUUGUCCCAGACGCCGCCGAUCCCGGGCGGAUCCAAUGCACGCUCGCCGAGUGCAUGCUCCAAGUCGGCGUCGAUGCAGUGUACCAGACGGGCGGUACGGCCGACAUUUUCCCGUACGCAGAGUUCACCAAGAUCCAGUGCAUCGACCUCGCGUUGGACGACCCGACGCUGCUCGGUAUCGUGGCCGGCGACAUGGUCCACAUCUUCCACACGUCGGCGCCCAACGACGUCGUGCGCGCAAUCCUCGACGCCGCCCUCAGCCACGACGUGAGCGUCGCCAUCAACCGCGAGACGACCGCAUCCGACAUUCAAGCCCAGCACAUGCAGUUUGCGGGCUUCACGGACGGCGGGAUCCUCUGCCGCUACGACGUGCAGAUCCCAAUUCUGCUCGAGGACGGCCAGUCGGAGCUGUACGGGCGGUCGUUUCUGCUCACCGACUCGGUGGUCUGCGAGAUGGACGACGGCAACAUUGUCGCCUUCGCACAGCCACUCACCAAGCUCUUUGAGCUCGUUCGACACGAAGAUGACCCGCAAGCGUUCGACCUCGAGUUUGUCAACGGCCUCCGGCGCACCUAUCUCUCGAUCCACCGCGAGGCCAUCCUCGGCCACCUCCUCUCGUGCUGCGAAGCCCGUGGUAACCUCGUGCCACUCACCAAGACGCGCACACCGCGCGGCGACCGCAUGUUUCUCCGGCGCAUGUUGCAUGCACCGGCGGCCGUACCGUCCGAAGCCGUCCAGUACCAAUCCAUGUGGCUUCAGCGGCUCGUGGGCGGCGGCGACAGCAAGGCCGACUCGGGCAAAGCCAAAUCGCCGUCAAUCUUUCAGACGCUCAAGGUGCACCGCGGCAGCGGCUCCAAGCCCGAGACCGGCAUCCCGGUCGGCGACAUGGUGGCCGAGCUUAACGCCAACGUGACGAUCGCCGGCGUGUCGAGCAAGCUCAAGGAAGAUAUCGGUGCAGCCGUAUCGCUCUUACUGGGCGAGUUGCCCAAUCACGUCAUGCGGACGGCGCAGCGCGACAUGUCGGUCGUCUCGUCGUACCUCCAAGCGCUCUACCGGCUCGUGACGCACCCGAACGCGGCCAAGGUUGCUCUCGACAUGCUAUCGCGCUCCGAGUACAUGGACGCGAUGGCCGAGACGCUCAAGCGCCAGCAGUUCCAUCCAACGUACUGGGUGCUCCGGCUCAUGGCGCGGCUGCUGCACAACUCGGAGCGGUUCCUGGCUCAAAUGGCGCGCAAGGUCUUCUUGUCCCACAACGGCUUUGCGACGGCCCUCCUCGCGCUCUUCCAGCCGUUGCACCCGUCCCCCCAUGGCGACCCACAGCAAAACGCGGUGCUGGUGAUGCGCCUCACCGAGGUCCUCGACGCGCUCAUGUCGUUCGUUGUCGACGGGAUGGCCGUGGAUCCGCUCUUCAACAUUCUCCUCAGUCACGUCUCGAUGCACUACUUUAUGCUGCUCCGGACACUCUUUCACUUCCCGGUCACGUCGACGGUCGAGUCGAUCGUGUGCAUCCUCGACCACAUGGUGCACUCGUCCGUGCUCAACUUCACCAAAACGCACGAAGCGACGUUGCGGGACCUGGGCCAGGACCUCGCGGGCGACUUUUACAUGGAGAGCCCCGAGCGCAUCAUCAAGCAAUACUACAGCUUCCUCAUGGCCUCGACCCCGACCAGGUACCACUCCAAGUGCCACACGACACCACUCGAGCAAAAUGGAUAG